AUGAGCACCUACAACCCUCCCACACUCCAGAAGCUGGCACUGGAUGGGCUGCUGAGGAAAGAUGCCAUAAACUCCUCCGAUCUGGACUACUUGCCCACAGUGCUUUUCCCACCACACUUCCUAGAGGCUUUCAAUGGCAGACACACAGAGAUAUUGAAGGCAAUGGUGGCAGCCUGGCCCUUUCCCUGCCUCUCUGUGGGGGCCCUGAUGAAAACCCCUGAUGUGGAGGUCUUGCAAGCUGUGCUGGAUGGCAUAGAUAUACUGCAGACACAGAAUGCUAGUCCCAGCAGGAAGCUUCAAGUCCUGGACUUGAGAGAUGUGCACCAGGAUUUUUGGGAUGUAUGGGCUGGAAGAAAGGAUGAAGUCUGCUCAGCAAAGACUGGGAAUGAGAAACAAGUUGCAAAGCACAUUCCUAGAUAUGCACUGAGGCAGCGUUUGAAGGUGGUCACUGACCUGAGCCUUGGCUUCUGUCUGCAACAACAUCAAACAUGCUUACUACAAUGGGCCCAGCAGAGAAAACACUCUUUGAGGCUAUGCUGUCUGAAGAUGAAGAUUUGUCACUUCCCAGUGGAGAUUAUCAGGGAGAUCUUGAAUAUUUUUCAGCCAAACUAUAUGGAGGAAUUGGAAAUAUACGCAAAGCAGGUCCUAUCCUUUCUAGGUUGCUUUGCACCUUGCUUUGGCCAGAUGAGAAAUCUUUGCAAAUUCCAUCUAAGGGAAAUAAGAUUGAGGAUCUCACUUAGUGGUGUGCUUCAUUUUGCAGAUGUAAAGAACUGUGCUGCCAAACUCCUUUCUCAGUUCUCCAAACUCAACUAUCUCCAACACCUCUCCAUGAAUGGUGGCUACUUUUCCAGUGACAACAUGAAACAGUUGUUCAGAUGCCUGAAGUGCCCCUUGGAGUCCUUGUCUAUGAUUAUCUGCCAACUCUCCAAGUCAGACUUGAAGCACACGUCAGAGUGUCAGAGGCUGUGUCAACUGAAACACCUGCACUUUGAUGGUGUAGUGUUUCCCAAGUCAUGUUCCAAGAGUCUCUGA